AGUCGCUCCUCCCGCCGCUGCCGGAAUCGCGCGGGGGGCCCCUCGGUCCUCCCUUCUCCUCCUCCUCCUCCCCUCCCGGCCCGUCCCCUCCCCUCCCCGCAGGCGGGAGCGAGGCCCUUGAGGCGGGCCCGGGUGGGCUCGGGGCCAUGGGGGCAGCGGCCGCUCCUCCUCCUCCUCCUCUUCCUCCUCUUCCUGCGUCGCCGCCACCGCCGUGAGGAGCGGCGCGGCACCGCCGGGGGGACGCGGCAUGAGGCGGGGCCAGACCCAUUUGGAGGAAGACAGCCAGAAGCAACCAGCUGUGGGGUACUGGAAGCCACUAAUGCCAUCCAAAGGCAGCAAGGAGGAGCCAGAGACUGGGUGCCAGGAUGCUGGAACUGGGGAUGAGAGCCAGUCCGCUGAGCAGUGCAACGUCUCACGUCUCCGCAGCUCCUCGGUGGAGAUCCGUGAAAAGGGAUCUGAGUUCCUGAAGGAGGAGCUGCACAAAGCACAAAAGGAGCUGAAGCUGAAGGACAAAGAAUGUGAGAGACUGUCAAAAGUCAGGGAACAACUGGAGCAGGAACUAGAAGAGUUAACAGCAAGCCUGUUUGAGGAAGCACACAAAAUGGUGAGAGAAGCGAACACGAAACAGGCGGCGUCAGAGAAACAGCUGAAGGAGGCACGGGGAAAGAUUGACAUGCUGCAGGCAGAGGUGACAGCUCUGAAGACGCUUGUGAUCACAUCCACACCUUCAUCUCCAAACUGGGAGCUACACCCUCAGCUCCAGAGCCCUUCUAAAGCUGUCUUCAGGAAAGGCCACGCGCGAAACAAGAGCACCAGCAGUGCAAUCUUCACAGCUGCCAGCCACAACGCGACUACAGAGCCAGUCAGUCGUGAGUGCAAAGAGGUUGACUCCGUUUUAUUUGCUGAGUUCCAGUCCUGGAAGGAAUCUCCAACUUUGGAUAAAUCCUGCUCCUUCCUGGACAGAAUUUACCGCGAAGAUGUGGAACCUUGUCUGGACUUCAGUAAGCAGGAGCUGUCCGAGCUGGUACGAGCGGCCGUGGAGCAGAAUACACUCACCAUUGAGCCGGUUGCUUCCCAGGCGCUGUCUGUGGUGAAAGGGUCAGCAGAAGACUGUGGUGGGCCAAAGAAGUGUGCUCUAAGCGGCCUCCCCAGGACCUGCAAGCACCGCAUCAUGCUGGGGGAUUCUGGAAAUUACUACUACAUUUCACCAUCCUGCAGGGCCAGGAUCACAGCAGCGUGCAACUUUUUCAUGUACAUUCGCUAUAUCCAGCAGGGCUUGGUGAGGCAGGACGUGGAGCUGAUGUUCUGGGAGGUUAUGCGACUCCGGAGAGAGAUGUCUCUGGCCAAACUUGGGUUUUAUCCCAAUGAGAUAUAAGCAGAUGCCUGGAGCUUGGAAGGAAACUGCUCCUGAGUGAAUGACUUGUCAAAUGUAGCCUGCCGAACAGAAGAAUGAGGUGCCUCUCCAGCAGUGGCCUUGCUCCCUCCCCUACCUCCCUAUGCCUGAUGCUGAUCAUGGAGCAAAAAGCACAAGUUCCACCUCCAGCUGUCCCACUUCUCCAACCGUGACUGGAGUGCAGCUGCGAAGCUACCCCUUGAGAGCUGGGCUGGUCCUGGCUGCUGGUCCUGGGUGACUGUCUACAGACUGUCCUCUACAGAGACACGCAGUGUACACCCAUUGUUUUUAAACUUCUGUUUUUAUACGCAAUCUGCUUUGGCAUAGUCUGAGGCCAGCCAUGUGCGAGGCAGGAGUCCUGGGCUCCCUUCUUUGUAAGCAAGUCUUUCAGGACA